GGUUUACUUCCGGUGAGCGGGUAGGCUGAAACGCGGUGGCUAAGCUGGAGUUGAGUUUGCAAAGUUCUCGGUGGAGAAGGCUGUAGCCAUGGACAGGAGUGGCUUUGGAGAGAUGUCAUCUCCUGUGAUCCGGGAGGCAGAGGUGACUCGGACUGCUCGCAAACAGAGUGCCCAAAAAAGAGCUUUAAUUCGCGCAGCCCAAGACGAAAUUUUUUCUAAUACCACUCCAAGAAACCAGGUUAUGCCCCGAACUCCGAGCUCAUUUCGACAACCUUUUACUCCACCAAGCCGGAGCUUACUGAGGCAACCAGAUGUAUCCUGCAUUCUUGGAACUGGAGGGAGGUCUCCCCGGCUUACACAGUCUUCAGGGUUCUUGGGAAAUCUGUCUAUGGUGACUAACCUGGAUGACAGUAACUGGGCCACUGCUUUCUCAUCACAGCGUGCAGGGCUGUUCUCAAAUGCAGAGCCCCACAGUGUAACAGAGGACGUUACCCUCAGUGCUGUAAUGUUACGAGAGGAUGAUCCUGGAGAAGCUGCAUCCAUGAGUAUGUUUUCUGAUUUCCUGCAAUCUUUCUUGAAACACUCUUCAACUACUGUUUUUGACCUUGUAGAAGAGUAUGAGAACAUUUGUAGUAGUCAGGUAAAUAUAUUGAAUAAAAUAGUGAGCCGAGCAACACCUGGACUUCAGAAGUUUUCAAAAACAGCCAGUAUGCUCUGGCUUCUUCAACAGGAGAUGGUCACAUGGAGGCUGCUGGCUUCUUUGUAUAGAGACCGAAUACAGUCUGCAUUAGAAGAUGAAAGUAUGUUUGCAAUUACUGCUCUUAAUGCGAGUGAAAAAGCAGUUGUGGAAGCAUUGUUUCAGAGAGAUUCACUUGUCCGACAAAGUCAGCUGGUGGUAGAUUGGUUAGAAAGCAUUGCCAAAGAUGAGAUUGGAGAUUUUUCCGAUAAUAUUGAAUUUUAUGCAAAAUCAGUAUAUUGGGAAAAUACUCUGCAUACCUUGAAACAGCGGCAGCUAUCUUCUUAUAUAGGAAGUGUCCGUCCUCUUGUCACUGAAUUGGACCCUGAUGCUCCCAUAAGACAGAAGAUGCCACUUGAUGAUCUGGAUAGAGAAGAUGAAGUCAGAUUACUCAAAUAUCUUUUCACUCUAAUUCGUGCUGGAAUGACAGAAGAGGCACAGCGACUCUGCAAACGCUGUGGCCAGGCUUGGAGAGCUGCAACACUUGAAGGCUGGAAACUCUAUCAUGACCCCAAUGUUAAUGGAGGAACAGAAUUAGAACCUGUUGAAGGGAAUCCAUAUAGAUGCAUUUGGAAAAUAAGUUGUUGGAGAAUGGCAGAAGAUGAGCUUUUUAAUAGAUAUGAGAGAGCAAUUUAUGCAGCUCUAAGUGGGAAUCUCAAGCAGCUGCUUCCAGUCUGUGACACCUGGGAGGAUACAGUGUGGGCCUACUUCAGGGUGAUGGUGGACAGUCUGGUUGAACAGGAGAUCAGGACAUCAGUAAUGACUCUGGAUGAAACUGAAGAACUCCCUAGAGAAUAUUUGGAAGCAAAUUGGACCUUAGAAAAGGUUUUUGAAGAACUUCAAGCUACUGAUAAAAAGAGAGUUCUAGAAGAGAAUCAAGAACAUUAUCAUAUAGUUCAAAAAUUCCUUAUCCUGGGAGACAUUGAUGGUUUGAUGGAUGAAUUUAGCAAAUGGCUUUCCAAAAGCAGGAACAGUCUACCUGGACACCUCCUCCGCUUCAUGACUCACCUGAUUUUGUUUUUCCGCACUCUGGGACUACAGACCAAAGAAGAAAUUUCCAUUGACGUUUUAAAGACAUACAUACAGCUUUUAAUAAAUGAGAAACAUACAAAUCUCAUAGCAUUUUAUACCUGUCAUUUGCCUCAAGACCUUGCUGUUGCCCAGUAUGCAUUAUUUUUGGAAGGUGUUACAGAGUUUGAACAGCGCCACCAUUGCCUGGAGCUGGCUAAAGAGGCAGAUUUGGAUAUUGCAGCUAUAACAAAAACUGUAGUUGAGAAUAUUCGAAAGAAAGAUGAUGGUGAAUUCAGUCAUCAUGACCUGUCCCCAGCCUUGGAUACGGGUACUACCGAGGAAGACCGAUUAAAAAUUGAUGUAAUUGACUGGUUGGUAUUCGACCCAGCACAGAGAGCAGAAGCACUAAAACAAGGCAAUGCGAUAAUGAGGAAAUUCUUGGCCUCAAAAAAGCACGAAGCUGCAAAAGAAGUAUUUGUGAAAAUUCCUCAGGAUUCAAUAGCAGAAAUCUAUAACCAGUGGGAGGAACAAGGAAUGGAUAGCCCACUUCCUGCUGAAGAUGAUAACGCUAUCCGAGAACAUUUGUGCAUCAGAGCUUACUUGGAAGCCCAUGAAACCUUUAAUGAGUGGUUUAAGCAUAUGAAUUCAGCUCCACAAAAACCUACUUUGACAACUCAAGCAACUUUUACUGAGAAAGUGGCUCAUGAACACAAAGAAAAGAAAUAUGAAAUGGAUUAUGGUAUUUGGAAAGGGCAUUUGGAUGCCCUAACUGCUGAUGUGAAGGAAAAAAUGUACAAUGUCUUGUUGUUUGUUGAUGGAGGGUGGAUGGUGGAUGUUAGAGAGGAUGCUGAGGAAGACCAUGAAAGAAUACAUCAAAUGGUUUUACUGAGAAAGCUUUGUCUGCCAAUGUUGUGUUUUCUGCUUCACACCAUAUUGCAUAGUACCGGUCAGUAUCAGGAAUGCCUGCAGUUAGCAGAUAUGGUGUCCUCUGAGCGCCACAAACUAUAUUUGGUGUUUUCUAAGGAAGAAUUAAGGAAAUUGCUACAGAAGUUAAGAGAAUCCUCUCUAAUGCUCCUUGACCAGGGCCUUGAUCCAUUAGGAUAUGAAAUUCAGUCAUAAUUCAGUCAUUCUUUGUAAUCUAGAUAAUUUCCAUGAUAAAUGGAAUUUUUUUGUAAAAUAUAUGUAUUUAUAAUUACUGAGUUUUUUCUUGUCCAUUAUCACGGGGAAAAUGUAAA